CACAGAUGAAGAGGUCGGGAGGGAGCGGGUGUAGGUAAGAGCUGAAUACACGCGUGUGUGAGCGCCCAGCCCAAAGGCAGAAAGCCAGUAGGUGAACGCACAGAGGUCCGUGUGGCUGCCCGGAGGAGUGUCUGCUGCAGCAGUGUACCUGCCUGAGGCCAGCUUUGCUUGAACCGGGUCCGGUAGUGCUUCAAGAGGACUUGUGUAAGGUCUAUUGCAACCAUGAUGAAGUUUAGAAGGCUGCAGUUUCUCCUGAUUCUGGCAGUUCUGUUCUCCUUUCUGAUCCACUUCUGCUACCCACCCUGCAGCAACAAUGUCCCCACUGAAGAAAAACCUUCUCCAGUCCACAUCCUCAUUCUCUCCUCCUGGCGGUCAGGAUCUUCCUUCACUGGACAACUUUUCAGCCAGCACCCCAGCGUCUUCUACCUAAUGGAGCCUGCGUGGCACGUGUGGAUUAAGAUGUACUAUAACACUGCCAAGGUCCUGCACAUGGCAGUGCGGGACUUAGUCAGGUCGGUCUUUCUGUGUGACAUGUCUGUGUUUGAUGCUUACAUGUCUAGCGAGAGGACAAAGUCUGAUUUAUUUCAGUGGGAGACAAGCCGAGCCUUGUGCUCCCCCCCUGCCUGUGACACGUUCAGUCGCAGUGACAUAAUCAGUGCAGUCAACUGCAAAAUACUGUGUAGCAAGUACCCAUUCAGCAAGGUGGAGGAAGCCUGUAAAACUUACAGCCACAUUGUCGUCAAGGAGGUUCGGUUCUUUGACCUGAAAGUUCUCUACCCCCUUCUCAAUGAUCCGUCCCUGAACCUCAAAAUCAUUCACUUGGUCCGUGAUCCUCGGGCUGUGUUCAGGUCCCGAGAGAAUGCAGUGGCAGAACUGAAGUACGACACUAACAUCGUGGUGCGGUCCCAGAAGACGAAGAAAGAAAUGGAGCCCUUCGAGACAAUGCAAGUGAUCUGCAAAAGCCACGUUGAGAUUUACAAGGCAGGCAGUCAGGAUGCUCCCAGCUUCCUCAAAGACCGCUACCUGAUGGUUCGCUAUGAAGACAUUGUCAGAGACCCGCUGACAAAGACUGCAGAGAUGUACAGGUUUGCAGAACUUGAUUUCACACCAGAACUUCAGAAGUGGGUGCACAACAUCACCCACGGGAAGGGGCAAGGAGCACAGUUUAUUAUUGGGUCCAGAGACGCACUGAGAGUGUCCCAGGCCUGGAGGAAGACCCUUUCCUUCCAGAAAAUAGAAAAGGUGCAAAAUGUGUGCAAGGAGGCAAUGAACUUGCUGGGCUACCGUCUCCUUCUGUCUGAAGACGAGCAAAAAGAUAUGUCGCUGGAUCUUUUGUUGGCCCAGAACUCUGAGUAACAAAAUUCUGAAGGCAGAAAAGCUGCUCUCUGCACCUACUCUCUGAAGGCUGCGGUGUGCAGAACUGUUACUAGGGCAAAAAGAGGACAGAGGUGCGUGGGUGUGUGUAAGAGUGUGUGUGCAUGGAUGUGCUGUGCAAGGAGCAGUAACUCAGGAACCCCGACUGAGCUCAGGAGAGCUUUCUCAGCAGCACAGCUGUGGUGGAGAGAAAGAGACUUCACCAAGAGGUUCAAAUGAACAAUUUAUUUGGACUUCACUCACAGGUCCGAUAUGUUCACUAUUGCAGAUUUUAUGGAUACAAUGGAGAACGCACCAUUGCAAUUUACAAAGCAAUUUGCGUCACUCUCCUGGAGGCUCAGCCACAAUGCAGGCUGAAUGAAUUUGAGUCUGUUUUCCAAAUUAAGUCCAUAGUUUAUGCGAAAGAGGAAGUAAGCAUAGGUUGGAACAAAUAGAAUGCCAAAGGUGUGGGACCAGGUGGCAGAGCUUACCCCCUUCGCAGACCACAGCUUAAUACUAGUGAAACCCCAUGAAGCAGUUGCACUGCAAAGGAAGAGGAGAUUUAAAUGGAAGCUGAACAAAGAGAACAGUAUUUGUCAUGCUGCCAUGCAGAAUACGUACUGCUAGAUGAGACGCAAGGAUGACCAGACAGUGGUUUCUGGAAAGACCUUUUUAUUUUGAAUGGUUAAGUUCUCAAGCCCAGUUUUUCUUUUGCUCCAUUCCUGUGCCUGGGCAUCCAGCCUUGGUGGCAACGUCGGGGAAAUGUUUGCGUUCACUUACUACACAAUGGAAAAAUGGAAUAAACCAGCUCUAGUUGAAAAUAAAAACUCCUGGGUUUGCCUAUGGGGAUCCAUUUCUGUGACUACGGGAACCCAUUUCUCUUUCAGCUGAAAUAAUUCUGCCUUCUAGCUUUUGAAGCCAAGAAUAGCUGUUCCCCUGGGAGUUCAUGCAGUCUGAGAACUGUGACUAAGAAGAAUUCAUGCUAAGGUUGAGGCUGUAAAGACAAGGUAAGGACACAGAUUUGAUUGGUAUAAAUACUGGAACUGGGAAGAAAGGUUUAUGGCAGUGGACUGAAGAAGCCAAGAGGAGAAUGGGGAAUUAUCCUAAUGAAUUCUUUGGUGAGGGCAUUUCCUGUCUUAGAACACAACAAAAUUAUGUUUUAGAGACUAUGCCAUUCACCACCAUCUCCAUUGGAGAUGCCAUUCUCCCACCUCCAAUGGGAAUAUGUAGCUCAAACCUGAACAACAGAAUUAUUUUUACCUGUUUUUAACAGUGUUCCAUAAAACAAGGAGAAAAGCUUGUUACCAGACUUUGGGAGUGAAAUACCUGCAAAUGCCUCCUUUUAAAUGUCCUCUUUCACAGGUAAAUUGCAAAGUCCCUUUAACCUGCAUCUGUUUAACAGUGAAUUCAGAUAUCGCUCCAGAGCCCGAAUAUUUCCACUACUCUGCAGACAGCAAGGGGCAUCAGAAGUUGUAUCCAACAUUUAGGCUUUAGUGACAUUUACAGGUCACCUGCUGCCGUAGCAGUGUGGAUCCUGGAGCUAAACCCCUAAUCACUGCAAAGGGUGGGAUGUUGUAUAUUAUGGAAACCAUGGUCUUACUCCUAGGGAUCCUGUUGCUGAAUGAGGAAAUCCACGCUGAGCAGCAGCAAUGGUGCUGGGGUAAGACCAUGGGAAGAAGGUGUCUUCCUUCACCCAGCGUUGAUGCGAGCUUAGUGCUGGGCUGGCAGAGGACGCAGGACUCGUACCGCGCCAGGGAAGCCCAUAGCUGCUGUGUUUCCUUUAAAGUCCCUUCAAAAUGGUUCUUAACUCAUUCAGCCAAAAGCACGGAGUCUCAGAAACCUGUUGCUACUGAGGUCAUAGUAAAAAAUUUCCUACUUUAAAAGCAAA